CGCGCAAGUGGGCGUUCUCGAGUCGCAUCAUUCGUCAUUGCACUCCGACGAGACGAGUCGUCGGUUUGAAGCAAAGCUCUUCCCUUCCAACCGUGCGAUCCUUCUUCUUCUUCUUCUUCUCUCUCUCUCUCAAAUUCACCUCCUUUCCAAUGCCCUUCUCUCCAUACUCCUCCCAAACCCUCGCGUAGGGGAAUCCCCUCCCUGUGCUCUCCUCCCCGCUCUCAGAUCUGACAACCGAUCUCCGUUCUCCGACUGUCACUGCCGACGCAUCGGAGAUGAAGUUCUUCGAUAACUUGCCGCCGAUGGAGCACCUUAGGUCUGAGAAGAUGAGCUUCGUGCAGCUCAUCAUCCCUGUCGAGUCUGCGCACCGCGCGCUCUCUUACCUUGGCGAGCUUGGCCUUGUCCAAUUUAAAGACUUAAAUGGUGAUAAGAGUCCAUUCCAACGAACUUUUGUUAACCAGGUCAAGCGAUGUGCAGAGAUGUCACGGAAACUGAGGUUUUUUAGUGAUCAAAUCAGCAAAGCUGGCGUGACAGCAGCCUCACUCCCUGUCAUGCAGCCAGACUUUGACUUGGAGGAGCUAGAGGUUCGACUUGGAGAGCAUGAGUCUGAACUUAUUGAAAUGAAUACUAACAGCGAGAAACUGAGGCAUUCUUAUAAUGAGCUCUUUGAGUUUAAGUUGGUUCUACUCAAGGCAGGGGGCUUUCUAGUUUCAUCUCAAAAGCAUGCAGUUCCCUCUGAGAGAGAAUUGGAUGAACAUAUAUACUCUGGGCUGCAGGACGGGGAGCACAUGUCUUUGAUUGAGCAGGUUGAACCUUCCAAUAAGUCUGGCUUAAGAUUCAUCAGUGGAAUAAUAUGCAAAUCUAAAUCUCUCAGAUUUGAAAGGAUGCUUUUCCGAGCUACAAGGGGCAAUAUGUUUUUUAACCAGGCACCUGCUGGUGAACAAGUCAUGGAUCCAAUUUCGGGUGAAAUGGUGGAGAAAAUGGUAUUUGUAGUUUUCUUUUCUGGAGAGCAGGCCAGAAACAAAAUCUUAAAAAUUUGUGAAGCAUUUGGUGCAAAUUGCUACCCCGUACCUGAUGAUGUGACUAAACAGAGGCAAAUAACACGAGAGGUUUCAUCUCGUCUUUCUGAAUUGGAAGCCACAUUGGAUGCUGGAAUUCGACAUAGAAACAAAGCUCUUGCUUCCAUUGCGCCCCAAAUUUGGAAGUGGACAUUAAUCGUUAAAAAGGAGAAAGCUGUGUACGAUACACUUAACAUGCUCAAUUUUGAUGUGACAAAAAAAUGCUUAGUUGGAGAGGGAUGGUGCCCCAUGUUCGCUAAGCCUCAGAUUAAGGAUGCCUUGCAACGUGCAACAUUUGACUGCAAUUCCCAAGUGGGCAUAAUUUUCCAUGUGAUGGACGCUGUUGAAUCACCACCAACAUUUUUCAGAACAAAUCGGUUUACACAUGCAUUCCAGGAAAUUGUUGAUGCAUAUGGUGUUGCAAGAUAUGAAGAAGCAAAUCCUGCUGUUUACUCUGUUGUUACAUUCCCUUUUCUUUUUGCUGUGAUGUUUGGAGAUUGGGGCCAUGGAAUAUGCUUGUUGUUAGGAUCAUUAGUUCUCAUACUCCGUGAGAACAAGCUGGGAUCCAAGAAACUUGGCAGCUUCAUGGAGAUGGCAUUUGGAGGUCGAUAUGUGAUUCUCUUGAUGGCAUUAUUCUCAAUCUAUUGUGGAUUGAUUUAUAAUGAGUUCUUCUCUGUUCCAUUCCAAAUAUUUGGCUCUUCUGCUUACAAAUGCCGAGAUACAAGUUGCGGAGAUGCAUAUACCGUUGGGCUCAUCAAAUAUCGUGAACCAUACCGAUUUGGUGUAGAUCCUAGCUGGCGUGGGAGCCGUUCUGAGCUACCUUUUCUAAACUCUCUUAAAAUGAAGAUGUCUAUAUUGUUAGGUGUCACUCAGAUGAACUUAGGAAUCAUACUGAGUUAUUUUGAUGCAAAAUUUCACGGGAGCUUGCUGGAUAUCAAGUACCAGUUUAUGCCACAAAUGAUAUUUCUGAAUAGCCUCUUUGGCUAUCUGGCGCUCCUCAUAGUCAUCAAGUGGUGCACAGGAUCUCAAGCUGACUUGUAUCAUGUGAUGAUUUACAUGUUUCUGAGCCCUACAGGGGAUCUUGGUGAAAAUCAGUUAUUUUGGGGUCAGAAACAACUCCAGAUCUUGCUAUUGCUCUUGGCUGUUGUGGCUGUCCCUUGGAUGCUCUUCCCGAAACCUUUCAUCUUAAGGAAGCUUCAUACAGAGAGAUUUCAAGGGCGUACAUAUGGCUUACUAGGAAAUUCUGAAAUGGAUAUUGAUGUUGAACCUGAUUCUGCAAGACAACACCAUGAAGAUUUCAACUUCAGUGAGGUUUUUGUUCAUCAGAUGAUACAUUCCAUUGAAUUCGUUUUGGGUGCAGUCUCAAAUACUGCUUCUUAUCUUCGGCUUUGGGCUCUUAGCUUGGCUCAUUCGGAAUUGUCCACGGUCUUUUACGAGAAAAUUCUUCUUCUUGCUUGGGGGUAUAACAACGUCGUUAUUCGAGUGGCUGGGCUCGCAGUCUUUGCCUUUGCAACUGCAUUCAUACUGCUGAUGAUGGAGACUCUCAGUGCUUUCCUUCAUGCAUUACGUCUACAUUGGGUCGAAUUCAUGGGUAAAUUCUAUCAUGGUGAUGGUUACAAGUUCAAGCCCUUUUCAUUUGCUUCCCUAGUAGACGAAGAAGAUUGAAGUUAAAACAGCUAAAAACUCAAAGAUUAUUUACGAAACCAAGCCGCAAUACAUACGAGAAUUGCCGAGAUAGACCAAGUGAUGUAUUUCGAGUUUUUGCCAUUUGUUUCCUAGUGUUAGAGCUGUAAAAUCCAAGUUGAGGAAGAAGAAGGAAGAGAAGCAGGUGAGAAUUUCUUCACAGGCAUUAUUAAUUAGUUGUAAAGAUGAACAAAUUUAAGGUUUCUUAUUAUAGGUAAGGUUCCCAUUUGUUGUUAUUCAUGGGGGAGUUCUAAGUAUUAUCCUCUAAUAUUUAACUCACAGAAUGUUGUUCUCCAUAAGAGAAUUCCAACUUAGUUCUUUUUUGACCAUAGAAAGGACAAGCCACUUGAUCAUUUACAUAUAUUUGAGAGUUCUUAUUGUGAUU